AUAUAUUCCUAGCUAAUACUUUCUAAUAUAUAACAAAUUGACAAUGGCAAGAAUGAAAGUAAGAUUGGCCUAUAUCAACAAUGAGGCACAAAGAAAGGCCUCUUAUAAAAAGAGAAAGAAGGGGUUGUUAAAGAAGCUCGAGGAGCUAACGAUCCUAUGUAGCGUUGAGGCUUGCGCAAUCAUGUAUAGCGCCUUCGACAAGGAGCCGGUCGUGUGGCCCUCGGUCGAAGGGAUGCAACACACUGUUGCCCGGUUCAGGAGCCUCCCGAACAUUGAGCAGACGAGGAGGAUGUUGAACCAGGAGAGCUUCGUGCAUGAGAGAAUUCACAAGUUGAGCACCAAUCUGAUUAAGUUGAAAAAAGAGAAUCGAGAGAAGCUAAUGAUCACGCUAAUGCACCGCAUCCUGGAUGGUGAGCAUAUUAUCGAGCCCUUAAGCAUCAUGGAUUUGAAUGAUUUGGGUUGGGUGAUUAACAUGCACUUGGCGGAGAUAAAUCACAGAAUCGAGGCGAUAAAGAAAGUGGGUGGUGCCUCGUCAUCAACUAUGGCCCAACCUGUUACAGAUGAUCAUCAAGUAGCGCCUAAAGAAGUUCCUAUCUUUCAUAUCCCCAUUCUAACCAGCGAGGCUUCAGUAUCUAGAGCACAACAUGUAUUUCCCCUUUUUCGGGAACCGACUAUCACACACAAUGAUGUCCAGGCUGGUGGGUCUAACUUUGACAUGGUAACUCCAGGGGUGUUCAACUUUGAAGUUGGAAGUUCUAGCAAUAGUGGAUUGAAUCCAACAAUGUUUAAUUACGAGGUUGGGGCUUCCGGUAACAGUGUGCAAAGUUUGAGCAUGUUCAACAACCAAGGAGGGGCUUCUGGUAGUGAAGCUGUAGCUACACGCAUGCUCAAUUUUCAAGCUGGGGCUUUUAAUAGAGGUGUUGUGGGUCAAGACAUGUUUAAUUUCCAGAGCGGGGCUUCUAGCAGUAGUGCGGCAGCUCUGGACAUGUUCAACUUCAAGGGUGGGCCUUUCACAGGAUGCGCGGUGGCUCCAGGCAUGUACAACUUUCUCAAUGGGGCUUUUAGUAGUAAUGCGACCACUCAAGGAAUGUUAAACUACCACACAGGGGAUUCGAGAGAUUGUGUUGUGGCUCCAAGCGAGUUAACCUUCCAGACUGGGGUAUCAAGCAACAAUACAGAGGCUCCAGGCAAGUUCAAUUAUCAAAAACAGUAGAAGGAGAAAACUCUAUAUGAAUGUUGUAAGCCUAAAUCAAGUGCUUCCCAUGUAAUUAUUAGACUCUUAGGAUUGUAUGGGUGCAUAAGACUUAGGCUCAACAUAUGAAGAUGGUGAGGAAAAACAACUACAACAAACAUGAACCAGAUCAAGUAGGGCCCUAUGGCCCCAGGAGUUGUCGAAUGAAACUAUGAUCUUCAU